AUGAACCAGGCGCUCAUUAACUUUUUUCUUUCUAGGUGUUGUCACGUAGGAAUCGGUGAGCCGAUAAAAUGCACUUCUCUAUCGCUGAAGGACGGAGAACUAUUGAUAGGAGGCUCGAGGCGGUGUUUCGUGAAUGGUGUUCUCAGUGGUGAGUAUACAUCCACUGGAGACAUUGCUGAGGAAAGAGGAGGUGAAUACUUCAUAACUGGAAGAACUGAUGACCAGGUUAAAGUCAAUGGUAUUCGUUGCAAUCUCUCAUCUAUCUCCGAGCAAGUUGCCAGUUUAAAAGGCGUCACAUUCGCUCAGUUCUUGUUGUAUAAAGGAAAGUUUCUGGUAUUGUUUGCAACAUCUGCUUCACCACUCGAAAGCUCGCUGAGAGAAGUUCUUCCUGAUGCAUUCUACCCUUCAAAAGUGAUAUACUUGGAUAGUGUUCCGGUCAACUCGAGCGGAAAAGCUGACCGCUCACAGUUGAUUGCAACGUUGGAAAAAGAAUGUUCCAUACAAAUGAACUCAUUCACAUCUGCGCUUAAUUUUCUGCAAAAAUUUGGCAUUACGUCUACUGCCGACCUCUCGUCGCACUCCUUCGUUGAUUAUGGUAGGUUGCCCGAAGGAGAUCACGUAGUAGCUGCUUCUCACUCUGGGCUUGUUGUGUGCAUUCGAAUCAAAGACGGGUUUUGUCGGUGGCAGUUAGCAACCUUGUUUUUUCAUUCGCUUUUGAUUCCAGGUGGAUUUGAUGGAUGCAUCUAUUUUUUGUCUGUGUUCACGGGCUCCGUAGAAUGGAAAUUCGCAACCGAUGAUGUAGUCAAAGCAGCGUGUGCAACUUACGGAUGCUGGUAUUGUCUACGUGCCGUCGUACGACAGAAAGCUGUACAAACUGAACAGCGAGCUCAAAAGUUGUUGCUGGUCCUGCACGAUCCAAAGCGGUUCUCCAGCGAAGCCCGUCAUCUGGGGUGA